UGGAUUUAGAAGUUAAAGGAAUUUCUGCAUCCUCUAGAGGGCAAGCUCAGCUGUCAUCAAGGGGGAAGAAACUUAGCCAAGUGCAUCUCAAGUAGGUCCAAGGAGGUGAUCUUCCCCCUCUCCGCGACACUGGUCAGGCCGCAGCUGGAGUACUGUGUCCAGUUCUGGGCACCCCACUUCAAGAGGGAUGUGGACAACAUUGAGAGGAUCCAGAGGAGGGCCACCCACAUGAUCCGGGGACAGCAGGGCACACCCUACAACGAGAGGUUCCGGAACCUGAACCUGUUCAGCCUUCACAAGAGAAGGCUGAGGGGGGACCUGGGAUGGAGACCAAAUACACGAGCAGCUCGUCCACCUGAGGUACCAUGCCUCGACUUGGGGAGACUGGGAGAUUCCGAUGAAGAGGAUGGAGACACAUAUAUACCAUACAGCAAGGGGUAUCCUUGUAAUGGCCGUACGGAUUCAUCUUCAACUGUUAGUUGGGGAUCACCAUUACAAACUCCUUAUGCACAGCACUUCCAGACUCAACAGAUGCCUGAUAAACCUUGUCAGAAGAAAAUGGAGCAUUCCUUUUGGGAGCAAAAGACAAUACUAGAAAAUCUGCCAUCCCCAGCAGACAAAUACAAACUAAAAUACCAGCAGUAUGAAGCAGAAAUGAAAGAGGGAUAUAAACUGUAUUCUCAGAGAACUGCAGAAAAAAGAAAAGACAAUGCUCAGUCUCAGGAGUGUUCACAGAGGAUAGCUAACAAAGAGGAUCCACAGCCAGAAGACAGGAUUGGUGAAGAUCUUACAGCUCUUGAUGAGAAAGCCCUCUUACAGCAGUGCUAUACAAGCAAUCCGUAUAAUAUACAGCAGAGCAUAAAGAAGUUAGAAGCUGAUGAUACAGCUGCAGAAAAAAGAAAGCAAACUGUAGUAGAGCAAGUAAUGGUGGAUCAGUUAUGUAGGGCAGUAAUAAGUGACCCAGAGCAAAACACAAGUAAUGAUCCUUACCAGAGAGACCUUAUGCUUCCAGCACUUGGGACAGCACCAUUGCGGUUUAGAAAAAGAACAUUACAUGAAACAAGAAUAAGGACCAGAUCAGCAUUAACUGAAAAUAUGCUUUCUAACAAGUUACGCUUUGAUUGUAGAAUUCUCUCAAGGAAUGGGCGUGAUGCCUGUAGAGAGCUGAUUGGAUUCUUUUUUACAUGUGAUGGAUCUCUUACUGUUUAUGAAUAUCGACAGUUUGGCAAAAACAGAGUAAAUGCCUUACCUUUCAUUCAGAAGGGAGUUUAUAGUCAUCAGCGCAGUCAAAGAAAAGGAAAGCUCUAUGAUCUUAGCGAUUUUUAUAUUGGUGCUAACCUGACUUUUUGGAGCCUUGAUCACAGCCUUCCGGAAAGUAUGAAACAAAACCCAGUGCUUACCCUUCGUGUCACUAAUAUUGAUGAAACAUCUGUGAAUUUUUUGAAUACUACACUGGUGGCCAGAGUUGAAGUACGGGGCUUUGUCCUGGGGCCUCCAACAACAGAACUGGGAUGUCUUCAAAUUCCUCAGACAGAAAAGAUUGAGGGGAGAAGCUGUCAACAGAAAAUUGACAGAGAUACUUCUGUGGGAAGCAAGCAAGUGACCGAUGUUAACAAAGUUUUCCGGACUGUUCAAGGUAUUCUCAGAAACAAAUUAUGUAAAAGAGGAGUUCGUAUUGUAACAGGAUUAGGAAAGUACUUCAGACAGCUGGACAAGAAAGGAAAUGGAGUCCUUUCUAAGGCGGACUUUAAACAAGCUUUAAAAAUAUUUCAUUUAGAAGUGUCUGAACAGGACUUUGAGACUUUGUGGUUUAUUCUUGAUGACAACAGAAAUGAUGAAGUUGAUUAUGGGGAGUUCACCCGUGCGCUCUUUGGGGAAAUGAAUGAGUAUCGAAAAGCAUUCGUCAGAAAAGCUUAUAUGAAACUAGAUUUCAACAAGACUGGCAGUGUGCCUUUGGUAGAUAUUAGAAAAUGUUAUUGCGCCAAGAAACACCCUCGAGUAUUGUCAGGCUUCCCCAUUUCUCUUCUGCAGUCUCACACAAAAGCAGCUCUGAAGCAGCCUCCUCCAGAACCUCUGUAAACUGCAAGGUUUUCUGAUGAUCAGAUGUGUUGGUGAUGCUAAUACUUAGAGCAGAAGAUUUUAUUUGGUUUCUGUUUAAUCUUAGUGACCAGAAAAGUGAGUGAUCAGUCUCACAACCAACACUAUGGUAGCUACAAGGAGGACAUUAUUGAGAUUGGACUGCCUAAUGAUGAUGAGGUCCAACUGGUUCCAGUGGCCGGACCUUGGGUGCCUCCAUGAUACUUUAUGCCAUAGCUUUGUUUGAAAGAAUGAGUUGGUUAUGCACAAGCUAUGAUAGAAGCAGAACUCCAACCACCUUUGCCCAUUACCAUUCAUGCUUCCCAUGUUAUGUGAGCCCAGGCAAAUUGCCCAGGGUUUGGUGUCAGCACUAACUCUGGCACUGAAGUCCCUUAGGAGAUAUAAGUUCUCAGUAUUUGGAACCUUGCCAAUAAUGCUAGCCACUUCUUCAUAAAACUUGUCUUUAACCUCAGAGUAAAGUGUUGGAGCAUAGGCACCCACUAAGGUGACUGUGCCAGGAUCCUCUCAGAACUAUUCAAUGGAUUCUUGAUCAUUUUGAGAUGAUUGUUACUAGCAGCAAAGCCUAUGCCAUGUUCAUGUACAUCUUGGGGAACUUUCCAUUGCCAGAAGAAUGUGUAGUAUGUUUCUUUUAAGGAGUCAUCUGAGGUCAGGUGUGUUUCUUGCAGUACUGCAAAGCCAAUGUUCAACCUAUUUAAUUCCAUAUCUAUCACAGCUGUCUUAUGAGCAUCAGAGAUAUUCACAAGAUUGUCAGUCAGGCCAAGACACAUGGUCUUGACAUUCCAUGUUGAAAUGCAGAGUAUUGCUUUUCUCUUUUUAUUUUUGUCUGGUGCAGUGAUGGAGCCUGCUUCUCUCUGAAGCUGAAGUGAUCUCUCCAGGGUGUAAAAGCCUGGCCAGUGUAUAUGUAGACACUGGGUUGUCUGCAUACCCAAUACAAAAUAUAAGCAUACUAAAUGCUGUACCAAAGCAUAGGUUUAAAUAGUUUAAAUUGGUAAAACAUAGUUUUAAAUAAUGUAGGUUAUUUUAUUAUAUGUAAAUAUGUCUGUCCUUAUUAGUAGGUUAAUAAAUAUGAUAUACUCAUCUAAUAGUGCUCCUUAUUGAAUCAGUUUUCUAUCAUAUUUUUUGGUUCAUUUUGUGCCCUUGGAAAAAAACUCAGUGCAGAUCUCUAUGAAGGUGCCCCUGAACAUGUGGAAGUCCAUAUGCCAUUGCUCGUUGUCACAAGUGGACAUGACUAUCCACGUCUACCUGUCACUGCUGGUCUCCCCAGCCAGAAAUGCCAGUCCGCAGUUUUGAGUCAGUCCCAUGUCUGCCUGGACCACAAUGUGCUGACCUGCAGCCAAAAGAUCCUCAUGGUAGUGGCUGUUAUUACAGACUAGGGUUUGAGUGUAGCCACAGACCCUCCAUUGUCUGGCAGCGAGCACACACAUGAGGUUUUCCCCUGUAAAUACUGCUCCAUUGUUCUUGGUGCCAUGAAAGUAGGUGUGGUGUUCAUCAGGGCUUGGUUGGAAGACCUUUUCCAUUCCAUCUCCUUCACGAAUUCAUGAUGUUGGGCCAGCAAGGUGACAGCCAUGCAUCAGCAGCCAAGAGUGGUCAUGUGCCAAGUCAUGGUCAGUAGUGACUGGCAGCAGAAAGGGGCAGGCAGCUCAGGCAGCAAGGGGCCUGAGCUACCUGUUGAAUCGCACCAGGAUCCCUCCCACACAAAUUUUACUACUCACCCAUAAUUUGAACUAGUGGCUGCUUUACCUAGCACUGGCAGAGUCAGCGAAACCUAUAGAAACGUGGCCAACUCCAAGAAUGCUGGCUUGCAUACUUUCUCAGGCCAUUUGCUGGUGGAAGAGCAUCAGUACAUUCAGCUACUCUUCAAACUUGCUUUGAAGGGCAAUGUGGGGUCAUGCUAGUCCUGCGACUUCUCAGUUGUAGGACAAGUUGCAGCACAACCGGUCCCACAACAAAUGCAACUGUUUGUUUAUAGCCAUAGAAACACAAUCCUCUUUGGUUUUGAUAGGAGUUUUUAAUUCUAUUACUUUGUCAUAAAGUACAAAAUCAGGUGUGUUGCCUCCACUCCAAGUUACCUCACUGUGGUUUACAAAGUAUUGGACAUUCUGUAUGCUUGACAAGUCAUACCACCUUUAAAAAAAAUCAGUGAGUCGCCUGACUUUUCUCAGGCUGCUUUCAAGAUUUAGGAUUUUUAUUAUUUCCUGCUGCUGUGUUUUUUCUUGCUUUGACUUUAAUUAGGUUUUUCCCUAAGCUGGACAGUUUCAACACUUUUUUUUCAAUAAGACCUAGAGAAAAAGCACCUGUCAUAGGGUGAGGUUUUUCUUCAUGCUCUUUGCUAUGCUUAAAUCACUGAUGAUUUUUUUCCCCAUAAUACUUUCCCCCACAAUGAAUCAAUUUGCUGUAGUAUUACUUUAAAUUAUGUAGCCCCUCUCAUUUAGAAGGAGCAGACUACAGGGUCCUUUUCAUACAAGUAAGGAUUAUUGAUUUGUUAGUAUCUCUUUUUGGUUUAAUUUCACUUUUUGCUCACCAAAAUAAAAGGAAUAUUAGAAAAGGUAGUCUCAUUAAUUCCUAAUAAUUGUGAACAUGAAACUGUUCUACCAUCCUUUUCACUUCAAGGACAGUCAUUUUGAUAACUAGUUAGAUUGAUGGUGCACUCUUAGAUCAUACAGAAUAGUUGAUUGCAGUAGGUAAUAUAGACUGUGCAUUCAUAACACGUCUGUGAACAGCUGAAAGUCAAAGGUUCUGACAUUUAAAAAAUAGAAACCUGAAUGAGAACAGCAUUGUAUCUUACAAUAUAUUUGUGAGUUUUAAUUUAAAAAAUUCAACUAGCUUUCUAACACUAUUGAUGUAUAUACGUGAAGGAAAACUAUCAAGCAUAACCUAAGUAGUAGAAUAAAUAUUGAUGUGGUAGGAGAUCAUUUAUUAAUCUAACAUAUAGAAGGAUUGUGAUAAAGUCUCCCCAUCUUGAUUAAGCAUCGUGAUAAACUCUCUUUAAUGUGUUGUUGAACCUUUAUUAAUUUGCGGUAGGCAAAUCCAUAUCCAUUAUAUAUCUGGCUAUAUUCAUUUGUGCUACGUAUGGAAAAACAAGUAACACGGGAACAGGGGGUAGUCCCUGCCUUAGAAAAUUUAAUAUUUAGGUGUCAAAUAAGGUGCUAUAGAUGAAUGAAAUGGAGAUGGCUGUUUUGGAGGAUGCAGUAACAGUAUAAUGAACCUAGAUUAGCAUAAAGUUGAUGUUUUAUAGCAUGUUUUGAAAAAAGAUGAGCAAGUCUUCAUUUUUAAGUCAAUGGGGAUCAAGUUUUCUGGUUAUCAGGAUUUUAAAUACCAUAUUUACUUGAAUCUAAGACAAGGUUUUUUCCCUAAUUCAACAUGGAGGGGAGCCUCAUCUUGGAGUUGAGUACUGGCACAGGACAGGCAGGCAGUAGCUGCGGUUCUGGCUCCAACCCAAGCCCAGGGUGGAAGCUGGAGCCACAGCUGCUGCCUGCCUUUGCCCAGGGCUGGAGCUGCUGCUUGGCUGUGGCUGGGCCUGGAGUUGCUGCCACUGCCUGGCCAGGGCCAGAGCUAGAGUCGGAGCCACUGCAUAGAUUAACAGUGGCAGACUGGGGCAAUUGGCAGGGGGAUGGGGGAACAAGUAGCCAAGGGAAAGGAAGGGAGGCAAGGGGCAGAGGGCAGGCUACCUGCCCUCCCUGCCAUUUGCCUCCUUACUGUCUGCACCCUUGCUACAGCUUUCCCUGCCUCGGUGGUAAAGGGGGCAAAUUUAAGAUGACCCUUCAAUAUUAUAAUUCUCUAUGUAUAGUGUCUAAUUAUUGGGAGGGAUGGUCAUUUUAAAUUCAAAGUUGUUUUGGAUUUGGGUAAAUACAGUAUUCUGAACACUUUUUUAGUUACGUUUUGGGGUACUGUUUGGGGAAUUUUUGGUUUGCUUAUCACUUUUAUUAUUUUAUUUUACUAUUUUAUCUGUUUGUAUCCUUUAUCUUGCUUUUUACUGUAAAUGCCCUGAAUCUUCAGGGAAGGGUGGCAUGGAAGUCAAAUAAAUAAAUAAAUAGCCUGACAGCUCUACUAAGA